AAAAAUCUGUUAUCAGCCUUAUUCGGGAAUUGUUGAAAUCCACGCAUCACGCGCAUACUCGAGCCGAUCCCGCAUCUGCCCCUCUGUCCGAGAACUUCAAGCUCGCCUCCUUCUCUCCUUCGCUGCUCUCGGCCAUGAGAUUCUCUCACUCUGGCACUUCGUCACACACGCAAGAUUUUGCCGAUGCCUGGCACGAUAUCGAUCUCGAGAUCCUUGGCAUAGUCGACGAUCAUCUCCGAAACCUGGAUCACGUCGCGACGGCACGAUCGAUACCUUCACCCCAGGGCGUGUCAGGUGCUCCAGGGAUUUCGCGCGGUCAAGAGACAAAGGCCGUUUCUUCGCAACACCAAGAUGCAUGGACAGAAGGCGAGCUGGUCUGCCAAUUCCUGGAGAGAGCAAAACGUUGGAUAACGACUACAGGCGAUUCUGGGGAUUCUCGCCUCAUGCUUACGCCGGAAUCGCUUGUGGAUCAGGACGGACUCCCCGUCGCGAACCAUCGGUUAAUUCGUCUCUUCCUGGAACUGCCGGCGGUGUUGGGCCGAAUGCAAACGACCUCGUCUGGAAACGGCUUCUUCCAUCCCGAUUAUGUGGACAUCCUAAUCCAGAUGUCGGACCAUUUGACUGAAGAGAACGCCUUGGCCCUCUUGGAUUAUUACGAGCGGGAAGGAGUUUGUCUGCCUCCAACUCAAAAAUGGACAGGCAACCUCAACCGGAUCUUGAACGCUUUCUACGUUCGCCCGAGGGCUCAGACAAUUGCCAAUGGUAGGGGGCCCUCGAUGUCAGUCAGGCGGCGCACAGCAGAGCUAUUGUUCCACCACGUCUACGGAUAUGUGGCAGAAGACAGUGCACUGAGGAAUCAGCUCGUGCAGGACGUCUUCUUGGACCUGGCAGAGAGAACAUUGCUCGUCGAGUCGGAUCCUGUUGUUGAAAGGAUGUUUUGGCAAGUCAUGGUUGAUUUCGUCUCUACCGAUAGCAUCGAAAAGGAUGAGCAACGACGGGCACAUCGUCUCGAGCUAGAGCAAGCUGGCCAGCCGGUGCCGGUAUUGUCACUAGCUGAGCUAGUCGAAGGCGACUCGUUCGAUCGACUGCGCUUACUAUCGCUCCAAUGCCUCAGUCAGCCUUGCGACCAGCAUGCGGGCAGUCUGACCAGGAACAAUUCUGAGCGGCGGGAAUCCGCCCAGCGGAACGUCCGCGAGCGUGCGCCUCGCCCCGCGCAGGGUAGGAGUGAAGCCGACGAGGAUCACUCGCGGUCCAACUCGGCGGGAAUCAGCCUUAAGGGUAUCAUGGAAGCCAUUUCCCCUACAAGUACCAAUCGCGAGCUUCCACCCCUUAUGGGCAGGACUGGGGCAAUGAGCCCGCGGAGUGAUGCAGACGAGACCAACUCACCUCGGGCCGAAUCCAUCAACGAAACUCUACCCGACAGCUCUCGGCAGGAAACGUCUUCGCCCGAGGAAUUGAACCCGAGUCCUUGCAAGCACACGGCGACGAUAGCCACCGCGAUCACCAUCUUCAACCGUUUGGCAUUCUCGCUUCCAUCCUCAUCUGGACCGGCUCGACUUAGUCGUUUGCCGGCAUCGGCAAGAUGCAUCAUCAUAUUCAAGGAUCUCGUUCGCCUCAUGAGUCCCCCCGCAAGUGGGCCCAAACGAGACCGUGCGACCUCACCGGCAGAUGCCAAGACAACGACCGAGUCGGAUACCGACUUCAAGGAUGUCGUCAUCUGUCCCAAAGCUAGAUUGACCAUUUUGCAAUGGUCGCUGCGUCUACGAGCCACUCAAGAGCAUCGCAUAUGGAUGCGACAGAAUUUGGAUCCUGAAGCAACCAGUUCUGCAACGACUCUCAGUCGCAUGCAGGUGCAGGCAGAUGCCAUCAAAGUCGGUAAGCUUGCGGACGAACCGGACCCAAGGCGUAGAACGACGCGGACCGAGACCGUGGCUGGGGAUCGCGGGCGCAUGGAACGCUCGAUGCAGGAUGGGACCGGCCGUUCUCGCAGUCGUUCCCGACAACCUUUGCGCACCACACCGUAUAAUCCGCUCUGGACAAUCCCGGAUAUCCUGAAUUUCGAAUGUCCAAAGGAUGAGCGUCCCUCUGAGGGGAUGACGACAUUUGAUCCCAGACUGACAGACAGUGGAACCGGCGAUGUCACUGGUCCGAUGGGAAUAUGGCUACCGAUUUCAGAAUAUCUAUCCGUCAUGUGCGACAUCCUCGAGUCGGACCCGGAUUGGGACAUGGUAUCUUAUCUCCUCGUAUUCCUUCCAUUACAAUUGGCAAAUCGACAUUUCUACUGCGGACCUCGAGCGAAGACUGUAGUGAGGCGGCUCAGGCGGAUUCUCUGUGACGGUCUACUCAGCGACCGACUCAUUCACAACGUGCAACUACCCUCCAUCCUGCGAAAAGCCGACAUCAGGGGGGUCGCCUAUCAGACACUCACGAUAUUGAUUGGCUACAAAUCGCUCUUUGAUCGGUCAGAAUGCAACAGCAUCGUCGAAACCCUCGCUCGAGGACUUUCAGGCAUUCAUCGGAGCACGACCAAACCUUGCGUCAGAGCUUUGACCAUCGCCGCGUACGAGUUGACCGACAAUCUCGUCACCUAUCUGCCUGGUGUGCUCGAGCAACUCAGCCAGAUCAUGGGCACGCCUUCAAUCAGCUUGCACAUACUGGAAUUCCUUUGCUCCAUCGGCCAGAUUCCCGCCCUUUACGGGAACUUUACCGACAUACAGUACAAGGCCGUAUUUCAAGUCGCCAUGAAGUACAUCGAGAUACACCACGACGAAGAAAACAAGGCCUUAGCCGAUGCCGCUCAGACGCAGGAUCCUGAAUACUUCACGUUGUCUCAACACGUCCUGAAGCUCUCCUUCUUCGUAAUCUAUACGUGGUACAUCGCUCUCGCCCUCCCCAAGCGAGUGAUUAUGUAUCCUCACAUCCUUCGGCAACUCAUCUUGUGCUUUCCCAAGCAAUUCGAUGAGAUGGCAGAAGUAUGCUUCGACUGGCUCACCCGUUACACCUACGGGAAUGCCGAUCCAAAACCAGCGACAUCCCACAUCGGUAGUGUUGCCAUGCACAAUUCGGGAAAGUCGCCCCUUGCUGCCGAAAACGACCGUACCAAGUACUGGCUUCUGGGAAACAGCAUCAUCAGCAUCACCGCGCAUCCCAGGUCGGGGUGGGCCACGCUUAAUAUGCGACGCGCAUCAGGAACUGUAGGAAUCUUGUGCAAGAUAGAGAACGUCCCUACCAUCACUCUUGGGGAAGACGGGGCGGACCUUGACGUCUUGCCUGCAAUGAUGCGAGCAGAUCGUCCAGAGGAGAAGCCCACCUACCAAGACAGCCAUCCUGUCUCGCCGUCGGGGGAUGAUGAAAACAAGGCGUUGCAAGAAUUAUCUUCCGAGGAGGCUGCAGACAACCACGUGAUAUCUGUGACACCUUACCGUGAAGUCGAGUCUCAAUUCAACUUCAUCUGGUCGGGUAGCGCGCCGUCGCAACGCAGGAAGGACGUCGUCAUCGACCCCAGCUUCAUCGGGAUUCAACUCUCCGCAUAUCCCUACAUCAGCGCUUCAACCCCGCGCGGGCGUUUCCUGCCUCUAGACUCGACCGUCGAAAGAACGCUACGGAACCUCGAUCGUAUUCCAGUGAUCGACACGCAGGCCAUCGCUGUGCUUUACGUUGGUCCGGGCCAGACGACCGAAGACGAGAUCCUGUCCAACACGAGCGGUUCGCCCGGCUUCUUACGAUUCAUGGCAGGAUUAGGCCGUCUCAUCAAGCUUAAGGGACAACGUGAUGUUUACACGGGCGGCCUCGACACCCAGGAUGACAGGGACGGGGAAUACGCGUACGCUUGGUGGGACGAUCUCAUUCAGGUCAUCUACCAUGCACCUCAUCUCAUGCCCAACCCGGAGACGGAACCAGGAGCCAAGCCAAACUAUUUCACAAAGAAGCGAGAGGUCGGUAACGAUUAUGUCAAGAUUGUCUUCAACGAUUCCGGACUCGACUAUGCGUUCGACACCAUCAAGUCCGAGUUUCAGUUCAUCAACAUUGUCAUUUCUCAGCAUACACCAGGCUUGAGCGGGACCUUCAAGGACCAACUUGAGGACAAUUUCUACCAGGUUACGAUACAGCGCGCACCAGGCAUUCCAGACUUUGCUGCCAUUGGCGAUUUCAAGUUGGUCUCUGUCAAGGCUUUGCCGCUAGUGGUGCGACAAAUCGGUUACUACGCCAACGUCUUGUCACAACUCCACUUGCACACUUCCACCAAGGGCAAUCUUGAAUAUCUCACUGCUUGGAGGCAAAGGUGGCAGAAGAUUCAGUCGCUCAAGAACUACUUUACACGAGGAUUCUGAUUGUGAUGAUUAGUGCUGUGAUUAAACAGCCUUUGACGACCCUUGUUACGACCCAUGUACAAUGCACUGCACCCUGAUGAAUCAUCGAUUGGCUGGCAUUCCCCGAUGCCAAAGCCACCUUCUUGCAAACACCCUGCUAAAUGUUCACUGGACCAGGCAUACAUAUCUGCUGGCCA